ACGGCAGCGGCCUAAGUUAGCGUUUAGACAAAUUUAUAUUAUAAACCAACCCUAAGUUGUGGCUGUCACAGCAUAUGUUCAGUAUGUUCUUGUUCUUCUCUCUGAUUUGAGUCGCGAGAGGCUCUGCUGUAGAGUUUGUGGGAGAAACAAUUGUUCUCUUCAAAAUUUGUUUUUGUUUGAAUUGUUGUCAUUAAAUAUUUGUAUUAUAUCAUUCAAAUAUUUGGUAAAUCUAAUCGUCAAACAGCUGUUCAGAUGUAAUGUACAUCGUGAUGUAGGAGUCACCUGACUGAAAAGUAUAAAAGGCAUGUGUGUCACUCGGAACGUGUUAAUCAGAGAAAAGAAUUGAUUAAGUAUUCGUAACGCGGAAAUGGCAGAGGAAAUUGACGGGGAGCGAGCGAAUCCGCCAUGUAUCAAAUUGCCGCCUGCUGUCGAGGUGUUUGCUAAUCUCAAAAAUGCGCAAACAUUCGCAAUUGAUAUUGGCUUGUCAUUAACCAAAAUAGCUUAUUAUUCAACAGUAAGUUAUCGCAAGGCACUUUAUGAAGAUGCGGAAGGUUUGGGAAAUAGCGGAGAAAGAGCAUACAAAGUAUUUGAGGGUAAUAGAUUACAUUUUGUUAAAUUUGAAACAAGAUAUAUUGAGAGCUGCUUAGACUUUGUCAAAAAGAAUCUAGUGGAUGUUGAAAGAUUUCAUGGCAAAAGUAUCAAAGUAACUGGAGGCGGAGCAUUCAAAUAUACUCAAUUGCUACAAGAAAAAUUAGGAUUGUUAGUUGACAAAGAAGAUGAGAUAGACUGUCUGAUAAAAGGUUGUAAUUUCUUGCUGAAAAAUAUACCAUGUGAAGCUUUUGAGUUUCAUCGACACGCAAAUCCAGAAUAUGAAUUUCGAAAAGCUGAACCUAACAUAUUUCCUUACUUGCUGGUUAAUAUCGGCAGUGGUGUCAGUAUUCUUAAAGUAGAGUCAGAUGAAGUAUUUGAACGAGUUGGAGGUACAGCUACAGGAGGAGGUACAUUUUGGGGAUUAGGAUCACUGCUUACAAAGAGAAAGGACUUUGAUGAAUUGCUGCAACUUGCAGAACGAGGAGAUCAUCGUAAAGUAGAUAUGUUAGUGAAAGAUAUUUAUGGAGGCGACUAUAAUUCCCAAGGCUUGUCUGGUGAGCUUAUUGCGUCAUCGUUUGGUAAAGCAGCAUUGGGUUGUGAGCGACCACAAUUUUCUGAAGCGGAUCUCGCAAGGAGCUUGUUAUUCACCAUUAGCAAUGAUAUCGGACAUAUAGCUAGUUUAUACGCAACUGUACAUAAUAUGGAUAAGGUUUAUUUUGGUGGUUACUUUCUUCGUAAUCAUCCGCUAUCAAUGCACACCAUCUCAUACUCCAUCAAAUAUUGGUCUCAUGGCAAAGUAAAGCCUCUUUUUCUUCGCCAUGAAGGUUAUCUUGGCGCAAUUGGAGCAUAUUUGUAUGGGACCGAACAGGCGGACAGGUACAGCUGGUUGGAAAACUAUGCCGGCUCAUCGGGAUUUAAGGAUUCUGUGUCGACCGAUCUCGGAAUUAAGGUCGAUCAAUUAGAAAUUGAUCAGGCAGAAUAUAUCGUUACGUACUGUCCUUUGUUAAAAGAUCCAGCGACUUAUAAUCCCGACACCACGGAUCUUGCUCAAGAUAAAGAGGCCAGAGAUUACUGGCUGCAAUGUUUUGAAGAGUCUGUGGAUAAAUUUGUGUCAAAAGCUAUUCACAGUCAACCUCACAGUCCGACAGCACAGGAGAGAGGAUCAAAACUUAAAGAAAAAUACAUCAACAGGUUGCACUAUCUUCAUGCGCAACCAUUUGCGUACGGAGCACUCACGGUUAGAAUAUUACUCGAUACCAUCGAGCAUUGUAUGAAGGAAUUCGAUUUUCCGGAUCCAUAUUUGCAUCAAAAAAGAAAAGAAAACGAAGGCGCGUUAAAACUUCUACACGAUCGUAUAGCAGUAUUAGAUAAGUUGGAAGGUGCAGAAAAAAUAAGAGCUUUAAUUCUUGGAGUUCUCACUGGUAAUAUAUUUGAUUGGGGAGCAAAAGAUGUGGCAAAGUUGUUGGAAACUGAUGAUUUUGGUUUCAAAGAAGCUCAAACAAAGAUUCCAGGUAGACCGUGGUUAGAAGAUAAUUUGGAUGAGUGGAUACAUAGAUUGGAGAAUGAACCGCCUCACAAAUGCGCGGCUGUUUUUGUUGACAACAGCGGUGCAGAUAUUGUCCUUGGAAUUCUGCCAUUCGUGCGGGAUUUGUUACAACGAGGAACAAGAGUAAUAUUGUGCGCUAAUUCGUUACCGGCUUUGAACGAUGUAACGUAUCCCGAGAUGGUUGUAACGUUGCGAGACGCUGCAAAAAUUUGCAAUGUAAUCAAACAAGCUCUAGAAAACAAUACGCUAAUGGCCAUGGAAACAGCUCAAGCAGGUCCUUGUCUAGACUUAAGUCGUUUGAAUUUGGAUUUGUGCCUCGCGAUGGUAAAGCACGAAGUGGAUCUCAUAGUUAUUGAGGGAAUGGGUAGAACUCUACAUACGAAUUUUUACGCUAAAAUGAAGUGCGAGUGUCUAAAACUGGCGGUUAUAAAAAAUCGAUGGUUAGCGCUUCGCUUGGGCGGCGAUAUGUAUGCUGUGAUAUGUAAAUACGAACGACCGACACAAAAGACCGUAACAUAUGAUAUUGGAGUAUUGCCAGCGGCAGUAAAAACUGACUGUUCGUCAAAAUGUACAGAACAAGAACUUUGCAAGUGCAAUACUCCGAGCAACAAAAAUACGAGCCAAGUAUCAAUCUGAAGUGAGCGGUAUGAUUUUAUCUGUAGACCAAUAAUAAAACACACAAGAAAAAAAAAAAACGUAAUGCCUUUAAAACAAAAAUAUCUUAGUAUAUAAGAUUUUUGUGAAGAAAAUCAUAUGCAAAAUACGCUUAAAUUAUACAAAAAAGCAUAACAAACAUUUCUUAUUCCGGGACUGUUUACAUUACAACCAAGGAAGUGUCGUGUUUUCUAUUUAAUGAUUAAAAUUGGAUAAUAAAAAUUUUUUUUUUCUACCUUAUGAUGGCGCUUGACAAUUUUUCACUCUAUUGUAGAACGUGUGUGAUGCGCGAGAUCGAAAAAUAAAAGUCGCGAGAAAGAAGAGUCGGGAAAUGUGCUGUGGAGGUAAACGGGAAGAGAAAGGAGAAGGUCCUGUGCAUGCUGGACACGCUCCACGUCCAUUUCUUUUAGCCACGUUCUACGCAAUGUCCAAGUUGGAGCUUUAUUAAAUUCCCGUUGUGCGAUAUUGUCCAGUUGGGAAACCCGAAAGAGACUGCUGCGCGCAAGCUGACGCAGCCAAUUAUCUCCCACUUUGUACCGACGUGAUAUAAUCGUUAUUUCUUUAGAUUUUGUGUGUUCUUUCGCAAUUUAUUUGUACUUUAUUGGUUAAGAAGAUUUACUUCAAAUUUUUUAAUCGUCAAAGUUUUAACAGAUUUUUUAAAUAAUGUACAAAGUAAAAUCGUAUUUUAACAUUUAACUGAAGGCCGAUCGUUUAAAAUUAAACAAAUUAAAAAAUCUUGACAAGUGUGCGAUCAAUAGAUGUUAAAAUUCGCUCGUUUUACGGAAUUCACUGUGUGCCCCUCUUCUGAUUUUCUUCCACUAUCGACAAUAAAUUUGUUUUCAUUAUAUGAUUUGAUUUGUUUUGAAAUCUAAUAAAAACGUAUGUAAUUUUGCACCUUCGUUUAAUUUACUAAUUUUCUUCACACACCAAGAGUUUAUUUUCGAUGAGAUUGCGCGCGUAUAUUGAGAAAAAUACAUUACUAACACAUAAUUUUUAUAUACGAA